AUGAAGUACGAUUCUUUGCCUCCAAUGAGCGGAAUACUGAAUUUCGACCAAACUAUCGAUUCAGUUGCAUUCACGCCAGCGAAAGGACUUCGGAUACGUCAACAGAAAGUCGAGCCACUUGACGAUGCAAGCAGGCAACUGAUUGAAGUAAUGGAAGAUUCGUUUGCGAUUGAACCUUUGGAUGAGCGGAAAGAACGCGAGAAGAUGAGACAUCGAAUUGAGCUGAAGAAGAUAGAACCCGAAUUCGAUAUUGCAUACGCGAUACCUCUUCAAGAGUCAUUCGUGACGAAGAUGAGAGCCAAACGAUCAACACUCGUCGACCAAUCGCUCUUUAAUAUUCGUCGUACGCGAAUCGGAUGGACGCACGGAGGACUGUUUGUAAGUAGUGCAUUACCGGCAUCAUUUGACGUCCAUUUGAUAAAGAUUGAUUAUCCGGAUGAACUGCCUCAGGUAUUAUUCUCUUUUUUUUGGUAUUUCGUUUGCAGUUUUUUGCACCUAGCUGCAGCUUUCAUAUUACGUCUGUACCUGACCAACUGA